CACCGAACAAAAAAAGUACUCCGUAGUAAGAAACUGAGAGAUUCUUCUAAUACCAGAAAGCAGAGGCUGUGAGAUCGUGUUCCUCGUGAGCACUCUGAAACGCCAUAUACGCUUCUCUUCUCUCUGUACUAUUCAUCCAGAUAGAGAGAGAUAGGGAAAUGAUGUGGGAAGCCGGAGGAUCAGCGGCAUCGUUGUCGGGAGGCGGCGGCGAGGGUGGCGUUGGGGGUAGUAGUAGCGGGAGGAGGAAGCCGUCGUGGAGGGAGAGAGAGAACAACCGGCGGAGAGAGAGGAGGAGGAGAGCCAUAGCUGCGAAGAUAUAUACGGGUCUGAGAGCUCAGGGGAACUAUAAUCUUCCCAAGCACUGUGAUAACAACGAGGUCCUCAAGGCUCUCUGUACUGAAGCUGGCUGGAUCGUCGAGCCCGAUGGCACCACUUAUCGCAAGGGAUGCAAGCCAAUCCCAAUGGAGAUUGGAGGCACUUCAGCGAACAUCACCCCAAGCUCGUCGCGCAAUCCAAGCCCUCCAUCUUCCUACUUUGCUAGUCCAAUUCCAUCUUACCAAGCUAGUCCAUUAUCCUCGGCAUGUCCCAGUCCAACACGAGGCGAUGCCAAUAUUUCUCCACAUCCAUUUGUAUUUCUCCAUAACAGCAUUCCUUCGUCACUACCUGCCCUAAGGAUAUCGAACAGUGCCCCUGUAACCCCACCGCUUUCUUCCCCAACCAGGGUUCUCAAGCAGACUUUCAAUCUGGAAACUUUGGCCAAAGAUUCAAUGUCAGCCUUCAACAUCUCUUUCUUUGCUUCUGCCCCCACCAGCCCAACUCGUGGGCAUCGGUUCCCUGCCACUAUUCCUGAAUGCGAUGAAUCCGACACAUCCACCAUUGAUUCGGGCCAGUGGAUGAGCUUUCAGAAGUAUGCACCUAGCGUGGUUCCAACUUCCCCGACAUUUAACCUCAUGAAACCUGUUGCUCAACAAAUUCCGUCUAGUGAUGCAAUGUUCACCGAGGAAGGUAAAAGCAUGGAGUUUGACUUCGAGAAGGUUGCAAUGAAGGCAUGGGAAGGUGAAAGAAUUCACGAGGUAGGAUUGGAUGAUCUGGAGCUCACGCUUGGGAGCGGGAGUGCUCGCUCAUGAGUAGUUCAUCGAAUCGGCCCUUGCUUGUCUCCUCUUAAUUCUUUAUGAAGUUCUUUUCUUUUUCCUUCUUUUUUUUUUCAUUUCCUUGUAGUAAUUAAAAACUCCCUUUAAAAUUCUUUGCCUUUUUCCUUCUUACAAGAAUUACAUGUAGAUAGAUAUAUUAUAUUAUUAUUUGGAGUAAUAUUGCUCCCUUCUCUUCAUUGUAGUGGAGAUAUUUCUGCAAAUUUGUAC